GAAAUACAAGAGGAAUAACUCUAUCGUACAUUCGACAUGUUGGGGUGGCGCAUUGCUUCAUCAAAAUUUAUCUGCGUCGAAUGCAGAAAAUGGAUUUCAUUGGGCGUUAUACGACGAACAUUUUCACAAAAAAGCGAUACAUCAGAAAAUGUGUCCAAAAUUUCCGGACCACUUUCGGGAUACAGAAUUCUAGAUCUCUCAAGAGUACUGGCUGGGCCUUAUUGCACGAUGAUCCUGGGCGAUCUAGGGGCAGAGGUUAUAAAGGUGGAAAGACCAGGAUUCGGUGACGACACCAGGUCAUGGGGUCCGCCAUUCAAGGGCCCGGAAGCUGUCUAUUUCCUCACUGUGAACAGAAACAAGAAGAGUGUUGCUGUUGAUAUCAAAUCCAAAAAAGGGCAAGCCAUCAUCAGGCAGCUUGCAGGUGAAUGUGAUGUACUGGUUGAGAACUACAUACCAGGGAAGUUGGACGAAUAUAACCUGGGAUAUCAGCAAUUAAAAACAGAUGCCCCGCGGCUUAUCUACUGCUCCAUAUCAGGUUAUGGACAAACUGGACCAUAUGCUAAACGAGCAGGAUAUGACGUCAUAGUCUCUGGAGUGGCUGGACUGAUGCAUAUCACAGGUCCUAAGGAUGGUGAACCUUGUAAAGUGGGCGUGGCUAUGACAGAUCUGUCUACCGGAUUGUAUGCGCACGGCGCUAUCAUGGCCGCCAUCUUACAACGACAGACAACAGGUCAAGGUCAACACAUAGACUGUGAUUUAUUUUCUACACAGGUAGCAUCAUUGGUCAAUAUAGGAUCUAAUUACUUAAAUAAAGGAAUGGAGGCGACAAGGCACGGUACAGCUCAUCCAAGCAUAGUCCCAUAUCAGGCUUUCCAAACCAAGGAUAGCUAUAUUUUGGUAGGAGCAGGAAAUGAUGGACAAUUCAAAAUUCUCUGUAAGGUUUUGAACUUGGAACACUUACAUGAUGAUGAGAAAUAUUCUACAAACAAAGCCAGGGUAGCAAACAGAGAAGAAUUAUUAGGAAUUCUGACAAACAUGUUCUCUUCGAAUUCUACGCAAUAUUGGCUUAAUUUAUUAGAGGAUUCCGGGAUUCCUUAUGGCCCAAUCAACAAUAUGGAAGCCGUAUUCAACGAUCCACAGGCAUUGCAUAACAACUUGUUACAAGAGAUUGUUCAUCCUACAGCGGGCAAUAUACGUAUUCCAGGUCCUCCCGUUCGGUUGAGUGAUUUCCCGCGUCCAUGUCCCACUGCGCCACCUACAUUAGGACAGCACACCGAUCACGUGAUGAAGGACAUACUGAAGUUAGAGACUGAUGAGAUUGAACAACUGAGAAGAGAACAUGUUAUACAAUGAAAAUUGUUAACUGUGUCCUGGAUAUUUUAAUGAUUACUGUCUAUAUUCUAUGCUUUAUUUUUUGUGAUCAAUGCUAUUUUAAAAAUUUAAUGCGUGUGCAUUGAAGCAUAUAGACUUAAGACCUAGAAGUUUUAGGUACAUGUUAUUUGAGGAUAGAAAUUUUCAUUAUGCCACCAAGUGAAUUGAAAUUGUUUUAAGGUAGCUCCAUCCUUGAUGACGUCUUUUAAGUGUUUGCAAAAUCUUUAUUUAAUUAAACUUUGCGCAUGAUAGAAAUAUAUCUUUUGGAGGAAUUUUAUUUCCUAAAUACAAAAAUAAAUCUGGUAAACUAUAAACACUGAAAAAGGUUAUAUUUCCCAUAAACAAUGAAUUUGGAAUUUUUUAGAAUGUUAUCAAGGACAAUAACUCUUAUCUUCUGUAUGUACACAUACAAUAAUUUCCCCCGAUAUCCACAAUUGAUUUAAUCAUAUGUAUCAAUAAAGUAGCUUUUUUAAAAUGUUGACGUUAUGAAUUGGUCAUUUUAACAAUUUAUUUUAUUUUUAAAUGAAAUUGUGCAAUUUUCUGGUAUUGACAUAUUCUUCUGUUUUUGUAUGUCUGACAUCUUUAAGAAGGUGGCAACAUACAUAUUUUCUUUGGUCAUUGAUUACAUUAAUCUAUAUUUAGUGGAAAUUAAUAGAGUUUUUCCACUUUCAAUCAUUGAUAUUGAUCAUUCCCUUGCGGAUGGAGCUACCUAAAUAGAGGGUGCAUACUUUGGUGUGUCACCAAUGAUCAACAUCCGUGUUUAAUGCCAAGAACACAUUAAAUACAUUCAAUGCUGUUUACCCAGUAGAUCCUGUGGCGUUUAUCGCUCAUCAGAUACAUGUAAUAAUGUACGAAAUUCGAACAGACACUGGUAAUGAAAAAAAAAAUCAUUGGUGUUACGAUAUUCUCUCAUAAACAUGCAUAUACAUGUAUGUGUGUGUAACUUUUAUUUGGCAAUUAUUUUGUCGCUGAUGAAAAAUUCACAAAAGAUCUCCAAUGUUGGUUUCACUCGUUUUCCUUCCAGCAAACUUGAUAGAUCUGAGGUUGGUGAAAGCGAUUAAGUGGAUUACAUUUACUCCAGUCAACAAGAAGAUUAGGUGCUGCAAGGUCAUCAAACAUACAUAUUCAUAUACAGUUGAACUGCGGUAUCUCGGAUACCAUGGAUAUGUCGAAGCGAGUUGAUCUGAAUUUCGACAAAUUUUUCCACAUUGUAAAACCCUGUUAAAUCAUUGCACGUACGUAUCUAUGAGGCUGUACGACAUGUCAUACAUUAUUUCACCUGUUUGAAUCAGAAUUAUUUAAUUUCAAGUCGGCGUUUACUAACAACCGUCACUCUGCCAUUUGAAGUGACAGUCGUGUGUACAGUUCAAACUUUCAGAUCAUCGGUGGUCUUAUCUGUGUAAAGCUGUGUAUUUUGUUACAACAGUACCGUGCCAUACGUUUAAUAGAAAUAAAAUUAUCAAAUACC